AUGUGCACUUCGGGAAUUUUUCAAAUUUUACUUCUUUGCUUGUUUGGUGAACUUCUCAAGAUGAAAACCGAGAGACUCUCGGAGAUUCUUUAUCUCACAAAUUGGUACGAAUUGCACGCGAAGGAUCAGAAGGCAUUUCUGCUUGUCCUCGCGAUGUCGCAGAAGGAUUUCGGACUCAGAGCCGCCGGAAUGUACGACGUGAACUUGAAUGCCUUCGUGCAGAUCAUGAAAUUGGCGAUGUCUUAUUGUGCCAUUUUGCAUUCUUUGAGCAAGUGA